UGGCACAUUAUAACAUUCAGUCAAUUUCAGUGUGUAAGGUGUGUCAUAGUUACUCAUCGUUGAGUGAUAGUAAUAUUAUCCUAUAUAGUAUAUUAUUCACUGAACGAGCAGUGCUUGUAUCCGUAUCUUGAGUUAGAAACUAAAUUUCAUGAUGUCUGGGGACCACAAGGCAGUUAUUAAGGGAGCUCCAAGUGAAUAUGUGAAGCUGAAUGUGGGUGGAUCCCUUCAUUAUACUACCAUUGGAACACUAACCAAACAUGACAGUAUGCUUCGGGCAAUGUUCAGUGGAAGAAUGGAAGUCCUUACUGACUCAGAAGGAUGGAUCCUAAUUGAUCGCUGUGGAAAACACUUUGGAACCAUUUUAAAUUUCUUACGAGAUGGCUCAGUUUCUCUACCGGAAUCUCAGCGAGAACUAAAAGAACUUCUUGCUGAAGCCAAAUAUUAUCUGAUUACUGAACUAGUUGAGAGCUGUGAAGCUGCCCUACAGCGCUAUGAGCGGUCCAUAGAACCUAUCUGUCGAGUUCCACUCACUACAUCUGAGAGAGAAGAACAGCUUCUCAUCAGCAGCAGUACCAAACCUGCAGUCAAAUUGCUCAUCAACCGCCAUAACAACAAAUAUUCCUACACAAGUACCUCUGAUGAUAACCUUUUGAAAAACCUUGAGUUGUUUGAUAAAUUGUCUCUGAGGUUCAGUCAGCGGGUUUUGUUCAUCAAGAAUGUUAUUGGCAGUAACGAGAUCUGUCAGUGGUCAUUUUAUGGGCAUGGGCGAAGAGUAGCGGAAGUGUGUUGUACCUCUAUAGUGUAUGCUACAGACAAAAAGCACACAAAGGUUGAAUUUCAUGAGGCACGCAUUUAUGAGGAAACUUUAAAUAUCCUGCUUUAUGAGAACAGGACAGGGCCAGAUGCGGAAUUGAUGCAGGCCACCAGUACUCGUGGAGCUGUUGCAAUGGCUUCAUACACGAGUGAUGAUGAAGAUGACCGCCGUGGAGGGAGUAGUCUGACACGUGAAGGAAGAGAGUCUUCUCAUAUUGGAAGGAUACGAAGCACUAAAUAAUAUUCCAAAAAGUUUUGUAAAACAUAAAUCUUUGAUUUAAAACUGACAGGCUUAGAUUCAGCCUCUUUGGAAUUUGUUUGCAAGCUGAUGACAAAAGUGUCCAUGAGAGUGAGAAUUACAACCAUGUCUUGUGAGAAUGGGCCAAAGAUUUGAUCUUUAUUUUCAUAGUUUCAAUAUAUGUAUAGAUUUUCUUCACAUAUUUAUGCUUUUCCUGUCUUUGGUUUGUUGACGCUUUGAUUCCUUUUAGCAGCCUCGUAAAUUUCAACAGAAAUCUGUCAAUGUUUUUAAUUAAUAAUCAAAUAAUAUUACAGACUUUAUUAUGGUAAGCAUAUCUGUUUCUAAGUGAUUUUCUUGUAUUUAAUAAGUAGUAUACUCUGAAUUAAUUAUCAGUCUUAUUUGUUUAGCCACCAGAAACUGUUAUACUCAUAUUUUGUACAUAAAAAAGGAAUAAAUAAGUUAAUAGGACAUUGUUUGUAUUCUAACAAUUGUAGGCAUGUAUUGUAAAUGUUAUAACAAAUGGUCAUUCUAAAAAGAUGUAUUUAAAAAAGUACAUGAAAUUAAAAAUUGUUUAUCAGUAA